AUGAUGAACAAGGAAGAGGAUGAAAUGUCUGCUCAACUUAGUCGUGAGAGCAGACAAACAAAAAGCGUAACACCCUUCCUAAAUAUGAUUGUUGAUCGCGAUAUUUACUUUCCUAUACCGGCAUGUACUAAACCAUUGAAUUCUAUGGACGAAGCAAAGCCAGCUCCAUUUCCUAAAGUUAGUCAUGUUGUUCAGUACAGCAGUGAUAUGGAAUUGAAGUUAUCGAUGAAAUGGAACAAUUUGUGCGAGAAGAAUUUUUUGUUGCACUUUCAAGUCCACAUAUUUCAAACUUCAACCAAAGACAUACGUGUCGAAAUCUUCUUAUGAACACAAGUAUUUCUUCUGCGUUGAGGAGAAAAUUCUAUGAUUUUAAGGACGUCAAUACAACGACAAUGGAGAAGGAGAAAAAACACAAAAUACUAUUACACCUUAAAUCAGUUUACAUUGGCGUUCCUAUCAUAAGACUGUUCAAAAGAUGUCAUCAACAGCUUGAAUUUCAGAAGAAAGUUUUCAUUCGAGAUCGUCGCAUAUCUUUGAAAGCUAUGGAAAGGAAGAAUUCAAACACAGCAGGAGAUUCAGCGGCUUCUUCUGAAGAAUAUUGUCUCUCCCACUGGAAAAAGUUGAAGACGAUUGAGACCAAAAAGUCCAGUAAUAAAACAAAGCGAAUGAAAGCAAACAGAGCAGAGUCUCCUUUACUGAGAGCAUUUAAAAAACUGGACAAUAAGAAGAAGGCCAAAGUUAUGAAAAAACAAGAGCAGAAUGUCUCCAUAAUGAAUUUUGUAAAAACAUCUGAAAAACAACAUUCCGAAGAAGAAUUGAACAGACAGAGUCCUUUAGUACCACAAGUACGGACAAGAAACAGCAGUCGACUAACUUCAGGCAAAACUGCGGCGGAAGUGGAAGAAAACACAAAAGGAAGAAAACGAAAAAAAGAUGUUUUUGAAAAAGAAACAAGAUCGAAGGUGAAGAAUAAACCGCAAAAGAAACAGCAUAAAGAAGAUGCCAAUGAAAUCGAUGCAAAUCAGAGUAAGAAUGAAGUCUUGAACCAAGGGUUGUGUUGUGGCAAUGAAAUGGAGUCAGACAACUUCUCUCCACUGUGGAGUGAACUUUUUAAGCCCACGAACUCGUCAGAAAUCAUAGGAAAUAGCGGUGCUGGUGUUAGGUUGAAGAAAUGGUUGACCGAGUGGAAAUGUUUGAGGGAAGAGAGAUUGAACUAUCUGAAAAAACAAGAGGAAAAGAACAAGGAAAGACUUACGAAAAAGAAGUCUAAAACGACGAGAUCUUCGAUUGACUGGAGUGACAGUGAUUCGGAUUUUUACUCUAGCAACGAUCAAAACGAUGCGUUUGACACGAAGCAAAUUUGUAACAGUAUGUUAUUGUCUGGUCCUUUUGGUUGUGGGAAGACCUCCUCAGUUUACGCUUGUGCCGAGGAACUGGGAUUUAAGGUGAUAGAAGUGAACGCGACGACGAAACGCGGUGGAAAGUAUAUCUUAUCCGAGUUGUUGGAAGCUACUCAGUCUCACCAGGUCUCCACGAAACACGACGAAACAACAGGUAUACUUCAUGUUGUAAAUAGUGAAGUCGAGACGAAGAAAGAUCACGUGACACAUGAGGAAAACAAGAAAGAUAAAAAAAAGAAAUUGAAAACGAAGUCUGAAAACUAUUUCACUGAAACUCAACUUCAAGGACAGAUGUCUCUAAUUCUUCUUGAUGAGGUCGAUGUUUUGUUUGAAGAAGACAAAGGAUUUUGGUUGGCUGUUAAUACUAUUCGAAAAAGCUCAAAGAGACCCAUUAUCAUGACUGCUUCAGAUACCAGCGCCGUCGAGAUUGAUGGAGAAUAUGAACAUAUAAAAUUGAGAUCUCCCUCUUUGGCUUUCUUUGCUGCCCAUUUACAGACUGUUUGUUUGGCUAAAAAUGUUUUUGUCAAUCCUCAUGAUAUCCAAGCUCUCUCGUCACUUUAUUACCCAGACAUCAGACGUUUGUUGCUCUGUUUACAGUUCUGGGUAGAUUCCUUUGGCGGAGCUCUUGAUAAACAUGGGAUCAGGAUUAUGGACGGAAGUGUUGAUGGUUCCAUACUUUCAAGCGGAAUUUCGUCGAAUAAUGCUGUUGGUAAUCUACAUAAAAACAGUGGAAAUGUGAAAGAGGAAAUGAAUAACGAUGGGUUGAGCACACCAUGUAAUGAUGGGAAAACACAACUGUCGUCAAAAGACGGUACAAGUCACCCAAUUGAAUUGGAGAGCUCGACUAUUCCUACAGGAAGUAAUGAGGGAAAUAAAUCGGAAGUGAAUCAGUUUUCUAUGCACAAAUACUGUUUGGAAAGUUUGUUGGGUUUUGGGAACAUCAGUACUACUUACGAAAACAUUUUGGACUGUUUACGACCCGUAAACAAGAAAACUUUUUGGGAAAAGUGUUUCCUCACCUCCCACUGUCAAAGUCUUAACCUCGAUAUCGUGCAUUGUAAUAUAAAACACUUGCUCCCUAUAAAUGUUAGUAAUGAAUCAUCUAAUGUGAACGACGAGAGGAAAAAGAAUGAACUGGCGGAAGACGCCAAUAGAACAGAUUUUCAGAAAAAAAUGAACGCGAUAUCAAUAGAAACUUUGUCCCGCUUUUAUGAAGACAUGUCAUUCAUGAAUGCUGAACUCUCCACGCGUGACGAUGACAGAAAGUCCCUGUGGGAUUUUCAAUUACCAUCCCCUAAAAUUUCCCCUGGUUUGGAAGACUCAUUUCCAUCCCCUGGAAAACAGACGUGGGAAUCGAAGAACUUCAUUUACAAUUUGCGUGGAGCGUUGGAAGUAGCUAGUUUGAACUAUAACCAUUCCUACAUUAAUGAACGGCGAAAACGUUUUGAGGAUAAAUUCUUGAAGCAUUCUGUAGACAUGCCAACAUCAGUAUUGUCGUCACGUCCCGACAAAACUGAGAUGAAUUGUUUAAAGAACUCGAAUGGCAUUGCUAUUAGAUGUUAUGAAAUGUCUACAAAUGGUGAUCGCCAUGUAGAAGUCUCACCUUGCACUGAAAGUAUAUUAAGGAAAAGCAAGAAACAACAUCAAAUAGCAUGCGAUGUGUCUACCUAUCUUUCUGAACACAGCUUUCUCCAUUGGCGAAACACUGUCAUGGAUUAUAUACCAACAUUCCAGUGCAUGUGCGUUCAGGAGUGUCGCCGGAGAGAGGCUAGAACAAAAAGACGUUUUUAUCAUUACUUCGAUUCAGUGGGACUCAACAUAUCAUCGUCCUUGAUACAGUCACUUGUUGAAGAAAAUAGCUUAACAUAAAUAUAGCUUAUGACGUAUAUAACAUAUUUGAAUUCAUUGAAACCAAUCACGAAUAGGAAAUUUGGAAGAGGAAUAUAUGAAACUCUAAGUUCUCACGGCUAAGUUCAAUCUAAGGAACAUUAUGUAUAUUUAUAUAACAUUAAUAUUUUAUAUUUUUAUUUUAACAUAAAAUUUAGCUAGGGUCUCUUUUUUGUGUAAUGUCUUUCACAGUCUUUCUCUUUUAAAUGUAAAUUCACAAAAAUCACAAUAAAUUAAGUAUCUUGUAGUUAUGGUUUGAGAAGGGUAAAA